CGACUCCCAUCUUCCGUACUGCCCUCGUACUGCCUCUUCCGUCUGGACGACCGUUACAGGGCAUCUGUACCAUCGAAAAAAGUAUAUUGUUGUGGCAGCAAUCACUUGAAGCGAUGAGCGAACCUGUCAAGCGCAUCGCAGCUGACGAGACUAUUCCACUACGACACUCCGUGCUCUGGCCAAACCAUCCUGUGUCUCAUGUCCGCCUCGCAGAGGACGAUCUAGGCUUCCACUACGGCGCAUUCCUGCCCACCAGCGACGAGCCAGUCGCAAUCUUAUCCAUAUUCAAGGAACCUCUGCCCGACUCUGACCGGACCGUUCCUGCGGCCCGCUUCAGAAAGUUUGCAUGCGGCCCAGAAUACCAGGGUCGUGGCAUUGGGACGAAGUUGCUGCAGUAUGUCUUUCGAAUAGCACAUGCAGAGUUGGGCUACAAUGUGGUGUGGUGCGACGCGCGGUUGUCGACGGCGAACUGGUAUGAGCGGAGAGGCAUGACUCGCUUUGGGCAGACAUUCUUUAAGGAAGACAUCGAGUAUGUGCGGAUGCAGGGAUUCGCAGCCUCGCCAUAAUACACCAAUGCGCCAAAUUGGAUAUUUACUGCCAACAUGGUGUGCGAGGCACACUCGACGCUUCGUCAAUGUGA